AAAAUGAAUCGCCAUGAGGGAAAAAAUAACGACAAAAAAGAUGUUCCCCAACAUUACGAUGUGCGCUCCGAAUCCCUGACAAGUGCGAAUCGGCAUAAUAUAGACGUACAAGUUAAAAUGAGACCACACAAAUGCGGAACGUGUAAUAAAGAAUUUAAGAACAAAUCGCAUCUGAGUAGACAUGAAAGAACACAUAAUGGCGAAAAACCUUACCAAUGCGAAUUUUGUGAAAAGACAUUUAGUCAAAAUGGAAAUCUUAGACAGCAUAUGGUGGCAAAGCAUUACAAUGAUGAACGUUACAAGUCUAAUAAGGACCUAUAUACUGGCGGUGUAUCAUACAAAUGCGGAACGUGUAAUAAAGUGUUUAAGAGCAAAGCGCAACUGUGUAGACAUGAGCUUAUUCAUAAAGGCGAAAAACCUUACCGUUGUGAGUUUUGUAGACAAAUGUUUAGGUACAAAACAAGCCUACAAGAGCACUAUGUGGCAAAACAUUACGAUGAUGAACGUUACAUGUCUAAUAAGGACCUAUAUACUGGAGGUGUAUCAUACAAAUGCGGAACGUGUAAUAAAGAGUUCAAGAACAAAACGCAUCUGACUAAUCAUGAAAGAACACAUAAUGGCGAAAAACCUUACCAAUGCGAAUUUUGUGAAAAGAUAUUUAGGCUCAAAGCAACCCUAAUAGAGCACAUAGUGGCAAAGCAUUACGAUGAUGAACGUUACAAGUCUAAUAAGGACCUAUAUACUGGAGGUGUAUCAUACAAAUGCGGAACGUGUAGUAAAGCGUUUAAAAAGAAAACGCAUCUGACUAAACAUGAAAGAACACAUAAUGGCGAAAAACCUUACCAAUGCGAAUUUUGUGAAAAGACAUUUAGUCUAAAUCAAAAUCGAAGACUUCACAUGGUGUCAAAGCAUUACAAUGAUGAACGUUACAAGUCUAAUAAGGACCUAUAUACUGGAGGUGUAUCAUACAAAUGCGGAACGUGUAAUAAAGAGUUUAUGCAGAAAUCGAUACUGCGUGUUCAUGAGAGGACUCAUAUUAGAAAACAACCAUACCUUUGUGAGUUUUGUGGACUAGUGUUCAGUCAAAAUGUAAAUUUAAGACGGCACAUGGUGGCAAAGCAUUACAAUGAUGAACGUUACAAGUCCAAUAAGGACCUAUAUACUGGAGGUGUAACAUACAAAUGCGGAACGUGUAAUAAAGAGUUUAAAAACAAAGCGCAUCUGACUAAACAUGAAAGAACACAUAAUGGCGAUAAACCUUACAAAUGCGAAUUUUGCGGAAUGACAUUUAGUCAAAAUAACAAUCUAAGACGGCACAUGGUGGCAAAGCAUUACAAUGAUGAACGUUACAAGUCCAAUAAGGACCUAUAUACUGGAGGUGUAACAUACAAAUGCGGAACGUGUAAUAAAGAGUUUAAAAACAAAGCGCAUCUGACUAAACAUGAAAGAACACAUAAUGGCGAUAAACCUUACAAAUGCGAAUUUUGCGGAAUGACAUUUAGUCAAAAUAACAAUCUAAGACGGCACAUGGUGGCAAAGCAUUACAAUGAUGAACGUUACAAGUCUAAUAAGGACCUAUAUACUGGAGGUGUAUCAUGCAAAUGUGGAACGUGUAAUAAAGAAUUUAAAACCAAAGCGCAACUGUGUAGACAUGAGCUUAUUCAUACAGGCGAGAAACCUUACCAAUGUGAGUUUUGUAGUCAAAUAUUUAGUCAAAAUGGACAUCGAAGACAGCACAUAGUGGCAACGCAUUACAACGAUGAACGUUACAAGUCUAAUAAGGACCUAUAUACUGGAGGUGUAUCAUACAAAUGCGGAACGUGUAAUAAAGAGUUUAAGCACAAAUCGAUACUGAUAGUUCAUGAGAGGACUCAUAUUAGAAAACAACCAUACCUUUAUAUGAAAAGAGUCCUCUUACCAAAUGAAUACCUUGGUUAUCACAUAGACUCGGAGCACAAAGGUAGAAAACAACAUCCUUGCGAGUCAUUAUUAUCAAAUCUCAAGUCACGAUUAAAACUUCUAAUCGAAGAUGCAGUGCCUAAAUACCACAACGUCAGUGGUUGGUGA